UACUUUUCCUCGGCGCAGGAAACCUUCCGAAGGCAACGUGUCAACUCGUGGUGGAGAAUAGCCUUGUUUAUCUGUAGUAUAUAGAGUUGACAGGUCGUUGUUUGAGAAAACACGUUUAAAUAACUUUUAUAUUUUAGUGCCCCCGAGACUUAAAGACAAAGUGACUUAAUAGCUGUUAAAAUGUUGCCAGACUGGUUUUCAGAAGCAAUGAAAGUUACAGUUAAAAACAGGAUUUAUUCAUUUGAAGUUGUAAUUCAGUAUUUCAGUUAAUUGCCUAGCCUGAUACAUUGGACUCUAGUAUACAGCAAUUAUAAAGAAUGAGCCUGGCUUGUUCACUGAAAAAAGACAUGGUUAUUUACCUAAUUUGUUUGUUGAUAUCUUUAAGUUGUUGUAAUUAUGCCAGUUCUAGUGGAAAACAUGAGGAAAAAAAUUCUGAUUUUUUGGGAGGGUGGGGGUUGGCGGUGCAGGGAUGGAUAGAGAGAGGAGGAUCUUUUUUUUUUUUUUUAAAUGAUCGUGAACUUUAGUAUACAGUUGCGUGUUAUAAUGGCUUCCUGGUACAAAUCAUAAAAAUAUAUCAAGUUUGAAAGAUCUCUCAAAGGAAAUCAGGCCUAGUCUGGAACAACAAGAGUUAGGGAAACAGCAGCAACAACCCACACAUUUUCUUUCUUUGGGGAUUGAUGAUUUAAGUGAAAGAAAUGGCUAUUUUUUUUUCUUUACCAGAAGUUACUUUUAGGCAGUCAGUGCCUGCUAAAAAUCCUAUUUAAUAGUUUCCCAAUAUUUAUUGUAAUUCUGCCUCUUAAUGUCAUAGUGGUCAAAUUAUUUAACCUCUCUGUGCCUUAGUUCCUUCAUCGACCAAAUGAAAUAAUGAUACCUAACUCAUAGGAAGGUUGUGAGGAUUGAAUGUGUUGAAACAUACAAAGCAUUUAGAACAAUACCUGGCACACAGUAAACACUCAAUGCAUGUUAGCUCUUGUUAUUUUUUAUUUUCAUUUUCUAACAUCUGUAGUUACAAAUGUUGCCUUGUUACUUAGUCAAAAUGUAGACUGAAGAAGAUACUGUUUAAAAUAAUAUCUUUCUGAACCCCAGAUUGAUUAAACACUCUGAUUGGUGUGGUUAAUGUGUCCUUAAACUCCCAUUAUCCAGUUGCUUGUUUUCUUAAAUUAUUAUCCUCUUUUAAUGACUAAAGCAUAAGUUCUUCCUUUCUAUUGCUCUAUAUAGUCACAUUGUAGUGUGGCUCAGAUCUACCCUCUGAGUGCCUUAUUAACCCCCAUACUCUUUGCUUUUGAGAACAUUCAUUCUGUUGUAAAUAUAUUUCAUGUGUCCCUGACCUUUUCCUUAAUACUUUUUAACUUUAAUUUUCUAUACUUUUAUUGGGAGCUACUAUAGUCUAGUUGUUCUUUGAGGAAGAUUAUACUUGUCCUUGCUUCACAUUGCUACUAGGCACUUUUGAGGUUAUUCUGUUAUCACUCUAUAGUCUCUCUUAACUUUUAGUCUAUCAGUUUAUGCCAUCCUAACUUUAGGAGAUUGUCAACUAACCUCACAUACUCUCCCACUUUCCUCAAAGACUUUAACAACUAAAUCUCAAAUAUUCUACAAAUCUUUGCUUUUUUUCAGAGAAUUAGAAAUAGAUAUUACAUGCCUCAUUUUUAUCUUAACACUGUGAGGUAACCAUUAUGUCCUGCUGCCCAUCUUUUAAAAUAAAAUUAUGGAGAGAGGAUUCUAAGAAGUUGAGGAUCUUUCCACACUUGUCACACAACUACAUGACUAUAUGAAGGAAGAGGAAGGUUUUCCUGAAGAUGAGGCGACUGAAUCGGAAAAAAACUUUAAGUUUGGUAAAAGAGUUGGAUGCCUUUCCGAAGGUUCCUGAGAGCUAUGUAGAGACUUCAGCCAGUGGAGGUACAGUUUCUCUAAUAGCAUUUACAACUAUGGCUUUAUUAACCAUAAUGGAAUUCUCAGUAUAUCAAGAUACAUGGAUGAAGUAUGAAUAUGAAGUAGACAAGGAUUUUUCUAGCAAAUUAAGAAUUAAUAUAGAUAUUACUGUUGCCAUGAAGUGUCAAUAUGUUGGAGCGGAUGUACUGGAUUUAGCAGAAACAAUGGUUGCAUCUGCAGAUGGUCUAGUUUAUGAACCAACAGUAUUUGAUCUUUCACCACAGCAGAAAGAGUGGCAGAGGAUGCUGCAGCUGAUUCAGAGUAGGCUACAAGAAGAGCAUUCACUUCAAGAUGUGAUAUUUAAAAGUGCUUUUAAAAGUGCAUCAACAGCUCUUCCACCAAGAGAAGAUGAUUCAUCACUGUCUCCAGAUGCAUGCAGAAUUCAUGGCCAUCUAUAUGUCAAUAAAGUAGCAGGGAAUUUUCACAUAACAGUGGGCAAGGCAAUUCCACAUCCUCGUGGUCAUGCACAUUUGGCAGCACUUGUCAACCAUGAAUCUUACAAUUUUUCUCAUAGAAUAGAUCAUUUGUCUUUUGGAGAGCUUGUUCCAGCAAUUAUUAAUCCUUUAGAUGGAACUGAAAAAAUUGCUAUAGAUCACAACCAGAUGUUCCAAUAUUUUAUUACAGUUGUGCCAACAAAACUACAUACAUAUAAAAUAUCAGCAGACACCCAUCAGUUUUCUGUGACAGAAAGGGAACGUAUCAUUAACCAUGCUGCAGGCAGCCAUGGAGUCUCUGGGAUAUUUAUGAAAUAUGAUCUCAGUUCUCUUAUGGUGACAGUUACUGAGGAGCACAUGCCAUUCUGGCAGUUUUUUGUAAGACUCUGUGGUAUUGUUGGAGGAAUCUUUUCAACAACAGGCAUGUUACAUGGAAUUGGAAAAUUUAUAGUUGAAAUAAUUUGCUGUCGUUUCAGACUUGGAUCCUAUAAACCUGUCAAUUCUGUUCCUUUUGAGGAUGGCCACACAGACAACCACUUACCUCUUUUAGAAAAUAAUACACAUUAACACCUCCCGAUUGAAGGAGAAAAACUUUUUGCCUGAGACAUAAAACCUUUUUUUAAUAAUAAAAUAUUGUGCAAUAUAUUCAAAGAAAAGAAAACACAAAUAAGCAGAAAACAUACUUAUUUUAAAAAAGAAAAAAAAGGAUAAAAAAACCCAAACUGAAAUUCUAUAUACGUUGUGUCUGUUACAAAUGUCCUAGAAGAAAUCAUGCAGCUAAACAAUGAAGAAGCCCAACUGGAGUGUUGCUUUGAAGAUGACGCCUUCUUAUAUUUUCACAGCAAAUGGGUGGUAUCAAAAUCAGACAUUGCUUCUUGCUGAUAAAAAGCCUGAAGGAAAUAAGUGAAACUACAUCUAUGGGAAAAAAAAAAAACAUUGAGAAGUGCAAAUGUUCGCAUCCUUUUGUUUUUAAAAGAUAUGAUGUCAGAAUAAAAUGUGGAAAACAUAUGGAAAACUAGUCUAGACUUUAAAGAAUUGUGAUCAGGUCACAUUGUCAAUAAAAAAAAAAAAAAGACGAGCUAGUCCCUAUGUUAUAGCCAUAUUAAUGUUAAGCCAUAUUGACAAGACCAGUUAUCCAAUAAUUUGGUCUUAAAAAGUAACUACUUUUCUUUGAACUCUGGUUAUUGACUUAUCUAACUGUUGAAGAUAGAGUCUUAGAAGACUAAGGUAAAUUCUCACAGGGGCAGAUAUGUAGGUGUUAUGUAACUAGGGUGUCAUUCACAAAUGGUAUAGUAGAAUCUUAUAUACGGAAAAGAAAGCACAUUUUUUUAAAAAAGGAUGCCAAGUUUUUUAAUCUAAUCAUUAUAUUAUUGGUAUAUUUUGGGGAACAUAGGGUGAGUUAUAAAAAGAUCCGCUACUGAUAGUGAAAAUUACCGGUUUGUAAAACAUUAAGAGAAAAAAUAGGAUAUUUUAUACAUGUGGUGAGUGGAGAACAGGGUAACUUUAAAUGAAAGUGUAAGGCAAAUUGUAAGCACCACAAGAUAUAUCAGAUUUGAGAGGUGCCAUGUUAAACAUUGUCCAUUAAACUAUAAAACUGUAUUAUGAAGUAUUUGCAUUCAGGGUGUCCUGAAUAUGAUGGAUUCUGUAUUAGAUUGUGUUCUAACUUUCUUACUAUUUAAGGAUUGGUUCUAAAUCUUCACAUUAUAAAAGAUUAAAAAUAGUGAGAGGGAGCUAUCACACAGGUACUAUUAAAAGCUGUAUUUGGAAUAUGUGUACCAA